UUUCUUUUUUCCCUCACAGGAGCUCUGACCAAGGUGAAAGACAGCCAAAAACACGUGGAGGAGGGCAAGAUGGACCGGGCCCAGGCGGACGGCAUCAGCGACCGCUGCAACAUCAUCUCCUACGCCACGCUUGCCGAGAUCCAGCACUUCCACCAGAUCCGAGUGCGGGACUUCAAGGCUCAGAUGCAGCACUACCUGCAGCAGCAGAUCACCUUUUUCCAGAAAAUCACAGGAAAACUAGAAGAAGCCCUGCAGAAGUAUGACAGCGCCUAAUAACGGAUCACUUUUAAACACUGCUUUGUCCUUGAACAUGAAGGAGCAUUUCAGCUGCCAGGAUCAGCCACUGCUACGAUGUGGCAGAAGAGCUGGAUGUUCAAGAAUAAGACCCAAAAGAAGGUUUCUGUGGGAGGCCACCACAUUUUUGGACACUAGACAUGCUUUUUUUAGUCUAACUCAGACUAAAUGUUGGUCCGCUCUUCGGUUGGGUGCUAUUAAGUGAUAUUAGAGCCUGUAUUACAGGCUACAAUUGUGGAAAACAAAGUGACUGACGUCACUGCCGCUAUAGGAGCCGAGAUAAUCUCAUGGCCAACACGCUGCCUUCUCAUGACCUGACACAAAGGUCAGGAAUGUUCCUGCCUCCUCACCGAUGUCACCACUCCCUCGUGCCUUCUGAUGAAGCCUUUCUGGACUCUUUUUUUUAUUUACUAUUUACUAAAAGGCUUUAUGUACUGUUUAUGUAGAAAUAUAUGUGUUUUUACACAAAGUUAGCAGAUUUGAGGCAAAAAAAAGGAUCACUUUGCUUUGAAAUGACUUUUAUAUGUGGAGGUAUAUUAUAUUAUUGUGGCGUUUUUUUUUUUUGUUUUUUUUUUUAAAUAAAGGCUGCAAAUUUAAUUUUUAUUUGUAACAAGAUCAGGGAUUCUUUGCAUUGAUAGUUAAAGCCCAUGUUUGACCUGCUAGUGCUGAUGGGAAAAUUGAGGAUUGAAGGCACGUUUAAGGCAGGUACGUUAAAUCUGAGUUUUUCUCGGAAGAAUUCGGGUUUCCGGGAUCAGAGGCAGAAUGUUAGACGGCAGACAGUUUCUCACUGGUUUUUAAUGAUGCAGACCUUUUGAUGGCACUGUUUUAGACAAUUCAACUGUAUGGAUGUUUUUAACCUUUAUGAUGCUGGUUGCGUCGUAAAAAACAGAAGCAGAGAUGCUAAAUAAAUUCAACCUCCACUGAAAGAUA